AUGGUAAUAGAGAAAGUUCAUGGUCUUCAUGCUACGGGGAUGAGUCUCCAUGAUCGGUUUUCGAUGUUGGCGAGCGCAGCACCGGAUCGUGUACUGCAGAGGAAAAGACGCGCUUCAGUAGGAUCCCUAAUAAGCCAAAAUUACAACUACAGCAACCGUCUGAUUGAGCAGGUCGCUCGCCGGUUGGAGAUGCAAGCUAAAAGGGUAGCACUAAGACAACGGCUAGGUUAUCAACAGUCAAACUUACGCCGAGUGGGCAGCGAUGGCAACCUAGCAGGACUAAGGAGGUCUAACAGUUUCGGUAAUCUCAGCCAACAGAGCAUCAAGAAUAGAGUGGCUUGGAGACAGUCUAAUAAUAAUCUUAGCAGAUCAGCUUCGUUCAGUAACCUGGCCAAUCUAGCAUGGCGCGCUCGACCAGCACGCGGGUUUCGCAAACGCGGCGGCGGCCAGAGAGCAUUACGGGGCAAGCUGAGGACUGGUCGUCAAGUAGGAAACCGUCAGGUUGGUCAGUUGAGGCAGCGGAAUGGUUUGCAACAGAACGGGCAACAGCGUCGCGGUUUCCAGCAACGCCGAGGAAUGCGUCGCCGUGGUGGACAGCAACAGAACGGGCAACGUCGUCAGCCACAACUACAGAAUGGCACUCACACACAGAACCAACAGCCGGCGACACACGGACAACGACCACAGACUGCACGACGCGGCCGCGCGAGAGGACGAGGUGGAAUCACACGCAGCCAGUCACAGAACCCCAUUUUAACCAAGGAGGAGUUAGAUGCACAACUGGACCAGUACAUGUCAUGCACUAAGGCAGCUUUAGACCAGGAGCUAGACAACUAUAUGAGAAACGCCAUGGAACUGGAGUGA